AGCACGGGGCCAGAUGCAAAGCGAGCGGCAGAGCGGGCAGCUUCCCCGGACACGUGUGGCACCGCUGCGGGCACCCUCCGCCAUGGCAGAGCCUUCGCUGCCCCUCUCCUUCCUCUGCCUCCUCGCCUUGUCCUCCGCCUGCUACAUCCAGAACUGCCCCCGGGGCGGCAAGCGGGCCCUGGCCGACACAGCCCUCCGACAGUGCAUGCCCUGCGGCCCCGGGAACAGAGGCAACUGCUUUGGCCCCGGCAUCUGCUGCGGCUCCGAGCUGGGCUGUUACCUGGGCACGGCUGAGACGCGGCGCUGCGCCGAGGAAGACUACCUGCCUUCACCCUGCCAGGCCGGCGGGCAGCCCUGCGGCUCCAGCGGCCGCUGCGCCGCCCCCGGCAUCUGCUGCACCGCCGAAACCUGUGCGAUGGACGCCGGCUGCCUGGAGGAGGGCAGCGAUGGGGCUCAGGAGGCGGCAGAGAAGAACCUGACGGUGCUGGACGGCUCGGCUGGAGACCUGCUCCUCAAGCUGAUGCACUUGGCAAACCGGCAGCAGCAGGGCAAGCAUCCCCUCCUCUGAGCCGGGGCACGGGGCGGCCCCUGCACCGACACUGAUCCCCCCACCCCAACCUUGUAAAUACAAGACCCAAUAAAAGUCCUCGUGCACUGUG